AUGCCCUGCGUGAAGAGUGUGCAGAAUACACAGCUCUCUGAUGUGAUCCCCUGCUUCAAGAGUGUGCAGAAUACACAGCUCUGUGAUGUGAUCCCCUGCUUCAAGAGUGUGCAGAAUACACAACUCUGUGAUGUGAUCCCCUGCUUCAAGAGCGCUUCAAGAUGUGAUCCCCUGCUUCAAGAAAUACACAGCUCUGUGAUCCCCUGCUUCAAGAGUGUGCAGAAUACACAGCUCUGUGAUGUGAUGCCCUGCUUCAAGAGCGUGCAGAAUACACAGCUCUGUGAUGUAAUCCCCUGCUUCAAGAGUGUGCAGAAUACACAGCUCUGUGAUGUAAUCCCCUGCUUCAAGAGUGUGCAGAAUACACAGCUCUGUGAUGUGAUCCCCUGCUUCAAGAGUGUGCAGAAUACACAGCUCUGUGAUGUGAUGCCCUGCUUCAAGAGCGCUUCAAGAGUGUGCAGAAUACACAGCUCUGUGAUCCCCUGCUUCAAGAGCGUGCAGAAUAAACAGCUCUGUGAUGUGAUGCCCUGCUUCAAGAGCGUGCAGAAUACACAGCUCUGUGAUGUGAUGCCCUGCUUCAAAGGGUAA